AGAUUUGGAUUUAUGAAUUCUGACCUCUAAUACGAAAUGACAAAAACUUGUUAGACUUAAUAUAGGAUCUUAAAUAAAACCGAACACUACUCUCCUCCCUUUUUCUCUGUGUAUAUUGAGACCCUAACCCCUCUCUCUUUUUACAGGGGUAAGGUUGUGUUCAUAUUGACACCCUAACCCCAAUGGCGUUGGGAUUAAACUGGGUUUGUUAGUUUCAAAACUAUAAUAACAUGCGUACAUUUUUCUGCAUAACACUGGGUUAAAAUGAGGUGACUACCGCAUAGAUUUGCGUGACCAUGUUGACCUUCCUUCCUGCCUAUAAAUUAAGCUACUAGUGGGUGAUCUACAGAUAUCCAUUCAUAAAUCAGCUGGCUAGGACGUGAAGCAGAUACACAGAUCAAUACACAAAGCAUCUCCAGAGGUUUUGUUUUCCAACCACAAUUUUAGCCAUGGAAGGUGACUAUCCUGAAGUUCCAAUUGAGAUGACCAAGCUUUUCCAUCGAAUUGACCGUGAACUUUAUUCAGCCCUGGUUUUCAAUCUCCAGUGCAACCCAAGGGCAUCUAUGCUUGCAAUUGCCUUCUGGAUUUGGCUGGAACACAUCACUUUAGAGAAUGUAGUGACCAAAAUAUUGUCGUUGUCGUCCUUGGAAAUGAUCAAUGGACUCUUCAAUGAAGCUGUGGUCUGCCUUGGAUGCAUUGCAAACACCAUGUGUUAUUUCUCUCAUACAUCAAGUGAGCUUUCACUCACUCAACAUCUUUUGGGACAGCACUUGUCCCUCAAGUACUUAUAUGAAAACCGGGUCGUGGCUUCUGAUGGGAUCAAAAACGUUGUAUCAAGAGUUUGUCUCAAUGCAUUAAAGGAUCUCAUGGAAAUGGCCAUCCACAUUAACACCCAACAACACUUUGUUCAAAGUGAAAUGGCACAUAUCAACUGCUUCCUUGGUGAUUUGUCAUCUCAAUCUGGUGGGGUGCCUCGACGAAUGCCAACCAUCAAGGCACCAAAAGGAAAGAGGACAAUGUUUGCUACCUUCUCCAAGGGAGUCCCAGUUUGCGAAGGGGAGAUCCGUCUGUUCUUCGACGAGAUGUUUGGAGACUGCAUCGAUUCCAUCUCCAUGCAGGUAGUCAAGCCCAACGAGCAGCCACUCUUCGCCCUUGUUGUCUUCACCACUCCAGGAAUAAUCGACUUCAUCCUCAAUGGCACUGCAAAAGCAAAAUUCUCCAUUAAUGGAAAACAGGUUUGGAUGCGCAAAUUUCUCCCAAAAUCAUAAGCCCUAUCUCUCUCAUGUCCUCAACCAUUUACCGUGAGGGCGUUUCGUUUUUACCCUUUUGUCGUGUUUUACUUUUUACUGUGCGAAGCCCGAUCAUCGUGGCACUUUCUCGUUUCGGUUUCUAGCUUGCAAUUAAGCCCCGUGUAUGGUUGUCGUUUCC